AAAAAAGAUUUAAUAGAUAAAUAGUAAACUAUUCUGUUUUUCUCAGUUGGACUGAAUGUAUCUGUAGAUACCAGACGGAUCCAUAUUCCAGGGGUGAAAGAUUUGGUUUAUCAAGCUGUCUGUGUGUUUGCUGGAACCUGGCCGAAGUUUCCUCAUCCUACUCUUAUACCGGGUGGUCCUGGUAGCUAUGCCCCUACAUAUGAGCCCCCUGAGGAGAAAUCAACUUAUUAUUAUCUGGAGCUAGCACUAGAGUCAACUCUAAAGAGAAAAGUAUACAUGGUGAAGGAGUUCCUGUCUAAAUAUGGUGGACAACUUCUUUAUGAUUGGGAAGGAGUUUGUGUUGUUAAUAAUCAGGCGGAUAAGGAUGCUUGGAGAGAGACCAUACAACCAGGAAGAAGGAGAAAUACAAACAGAACCAGACCUCAACAUAAGAAUUGGGAUGAGAAAAGACCGAAUACUCAUGCUUUCAAGGCUCCUCCUAUUCGGAGAUUCAAGACUAAAGAUGAGAUGGAUACAGGAAGUGAGAUUGCUAACUGUGGAGGUAGUACAGCGGGCAGUAUUUCUGGAGUGAGUUCAUUGUGUUCUAGAACACACAGUAGAAGUUCAGGAUAUUCGGAUGCAAGUGGGUCUGCUCUGAAAAGAACCUGGUUUAAUUCUGCUCACGGCGGACUAAGGGUUAAAACUGAGAUAAAGACUGAGUACAAUGAGUUUGAUGAGAGUGGUGGAUUUAUUUCUAAACGGAUUAAAUUCGAAAGUUAAAUCGAAGAAGAAGAUCUCCUCUAGAAGACAGAUACAGUGAGACUCGUUAAUCACUCAGCUGCCAAAAUAAUGCUGUCCAAAGAAUAAUGCUCAAUUUUUUAGAAUCCUGUUCAAUAUGGAAACAUUAUUAUUAUUUUUUGUGUAUUUUAAAAGUUCAGUACCAUGAACUUAAUCGCGUUCAAUGUUCAAAAGCUAACAAUAUCUACUGUACACUACACUGUGCAGUACAACUGUACAAUGUUGUACGCACCAAAACGACCUUAUCUGUACUGUACACACAUUUUUUUAUCAUUUUUAGACACUAUCCACUGAUACAGGCAGCUUGGUCCUGAGAAAGAAAAUUUAUGUUGGUUACGUCUUCAGUGUACAUUCUUUCAGAAAAAAGUUUCCAUUUUUUUCAACUUUUUGUAGUUUUUGCAUUUAUUUAAAUUUCAAUUAGCCUUUUCCCCUUCCUAUUAUAGAUGUGAGAAGAAAAACGAGGUACAAAAUAUUACAUGCAGAUUGCAGAUUGCAGAUUACAAAAUAUUACAUGCAGAUUGCAGAUUGCAGAUAAAUUACAAAAUAUUACAUGCAGAUUGCAGAUUGCAGAUAAAUUACAAAAUAUUCAUGCAGGUUACAUACUUUUGAUUUCGAUGUCAAAGCAUGUGUUAAAGAAAAUACUAAGUCAGUUAUGUUAAAUUUCAGUGAUCAUAUAUAUUUAAAAAUGUGAAUUUUUGUUGUUGAAAUAAAUGUUUACUGAGCAAUGUC